UUGUUCAAUGUUUUGGUUUAACACAAAAUCCAUCAAAUGGAAAUUAUUUUCUCGUAAUGAUGAAAAUGGAUAUAGAUUUAAGAAAAUAUUUACAACAAAAUCAUAAGCAACUUACAUGGAAAGAUAGAAUGAAAAUUAUUAAUGAAAUAACUCUUGCGCUUUAUCGUAUUCAUAAAGAGAAAGCAAUUCAUAGAGAUUUGCAUUCUGGAAAUAUAUUAUAUUCACAAUUUAAUGAUUAUUGGUAUAUUAGUGAUCUUGGAUUUUGUGGACCUGCUGAUAAAUCUUCAACAAGUAUAUAUGGAAAUCUUCCUUACAUAGCACCCGAAAUUAUUGUUGGAAGAGGAUAUAAUUUUGCAUCUGAUAUUUAUAGUAUUGCAAUGCUUAUGUGGGAAAUUUCAUUUGGACAACCACCAUUUAUGGAUUAUGAAGAUGAACAUAUUCUUGUAUAUAAUAUUAUUGAUGGUAUAAGACCAAAAAUUGUGCCAGGAACUCCGUUAGAAUAUAAAAAUUUAAUGAAAGAAUGUUGGGAUGCUGAUCCAUUAAAAAGACUCGACGCUUAUGCACUUUGUGAUAGAAUGGAAAGAAUUAAUUUAGAUUAUCAAAGUAUGUCAGAUGAAUUAUUCAAAUCAGAAAUAAAUAAUUUAGAAGUGAAUAAAGUGGAAGAAAAUUAUACGAGUAGCAGAUUAUUUACAAGCAAAAUUCACAACUUUGGAAAUCUACCUGAACCAAGAAAUGCAACAGAAGUUAACGACUUUGAUAAAUUAUCAAAUGAGCAGAAAGAUAUUGAUAUUGAUGGUAAGCAAAAAAAGCAAAAAUUAUUUUAUGAUGAAAAAGAAAUAAUUCAACAAAAAAUGAAAAGACAAAAUAUUGGUGAUAUUGAUGAUGAAGACGAAGUAUAUAAUAAUCCAAAUCUUCAUUCGAAACUGGAAAUUCCUGAUGGUAAGUUCUUAAAUAAAUAAGAUUUCUUUAUAAAGCAAAUAAUUAAUUUAUAAUUUGUUAUUUUUUUAACUUUAGAUGGAUUU